AUGGAAAAAAAUAUGGUAAUAUCAAACGAGAAGUGUUUAGUUUUAGAUAUAAAAAAUUAUUUCAACCAAACUAAUACAAUUGAUGAUUCGAAUAAUCUUAUUGAGUUUAAAAAGUUAAAUGCUUCAUCGUUAGACAU